AUGAUUCGCAUGAUUCUUCGGUAUUUGGCCAAUAAUGAACAACUUGUUCAGCGUCUUGCAGAGAGCUACCCCAUGCGCAGAGCAGCCCAAUUACUUGUAAGUGAUUUUUACAAAGGUCGAACAAUAGCACAGGAACAAAAAUUAGGGGAUAUGACACCGGAAAGAUUUAAACGAAUGAUGGAUGCAUUUAAAGCUAAUAUGAAGCAAGAGAUUGAAGCCGCGAAGCAAAAUUUGAAGAAACGUAAAUAAUAGGUAGAUUUGUUUUUCUAAUUUGUUUCUAAUAGUCCAAGUCUAAAUAUAUUUAACUAGCUGUCCCCGGCAAA